AUGGAAGGAGAAGAAGUUAAGGAAGAAGAAGAAGAAGUUUUGGAUGGAGAAGACGUUAAGGGUAAAGAAGAAAGUAUGAAUGGGGAAGUAGUUUGGGAUGGAGAAGAAGUUAAUGAUGGAGAAGAAGUUUGGGAUGGAGGAGAAGUUUGGAAUGGAGGAGAAGAACCAAAGUAUGGGGAAGAAAUAAGGAAGAAGAAGUUUAGGAAGGAGACGAAGUCAAGGAAGAAGAAGUUUUGGAUGGAGAAGAAGUUUGGAAUGGAGAAGAAUCUACUAAUUAAGGCAGCAGAAGAAGUUAAGGAGGAUGGAGAAGAAGUUAGGGAAGGAGAAAAAGUUAACAAUGAAGAACAAGUUAGGGAAGGAGAAGAAGUUAAGGAUAGAGAACAAGUUAGGGAAGGAGAAGAAGUUAAGGAUGGAGAAGUAGUUUGGGAUGGGGAAGAAGUGAAGGAAGGAGAAGAAGUUAAGGAAGAAGAAGAAGAAGUUUUGGAUGGAGAAGAAGUUAAGGAUAAAGAAGAAAGUAUGGAUGGAGAAGAAGUUUGGGAUGGAGGAGAAGUUUGGAAUGGAGGAGAAGAACCGAAGUUUGGAGAAGAAAUUAAGGAAGGAGACGAAGUCAAGGAAGAAGAAGUUUUGGGUGGCGAAGAAGAUAAGGAUAAAGAAGAAAGUAUGGAUGGGGAAGAAGUUUGGGAUGGAGAAGAAGUUUGGAAUGGAGAAGAAUCUACUAAGGAAGGAGAAAAAGUUAAGAAUGAAGAACAAGUUAGGGAAGCAGAAGAAGUUAAGGAUGGACAACAACUUAGGGAAGGAGACAAAGAAGUUAAGGAUGGAGAAGUAGUUUGGGAUGGGGGAGAAGUGAAGGAAGGAGAAGAAGUUAAGGAAGAAGAAGAAGAAGUUUUGGAUGGAGAAGAAGUUAAGGGUAAAGAAGAAAGUAUGGAUGGGGAAGAAGUUAAGGAUGGAGAAGAAGUUAAGGAUGGAGAAGAAGUUUGGGAUGGAGGAGAAGAAGGAGACGAAGUAAAGGAAGAAGAAGUUUUGGAUGGAGAAGAAGGUAAGGAUAAAGAAGAAAGUAUGGAUGGGGAAGAAGUUUGGGAUGGAGAAGAAGUUUGGAAUGGAGAAGAAUCUACUAAGUAUGGAGAAGAAAUUAAGGAAGAAAAAGUUAAGGAAGGAGAAGAACUUUCAGAUGGGAUGGGAUAG